UGUCGCUCUCGUUAUAUUUAAAACUCCUUGUUAACGGACUAAAUAACGUAUAGGCGCCAAAUCGCGUGUGAUAUCGAUUCCGAUUCUCAGAGCGCGCAGUUUACGUAGUAGCUUUUCAAGGAUAACCCACACAAAAAUGUUUCGCUUUCUCGCAUUAACCACACUCGUGACCCUGGCAGUGGGCCAGAACUAUCACCAGGAUCCGAAAACGGCGGCCAUCAUCAGUGAGCAGCGUUAUUUGUCCGGCGAUGGUAAAUUCGGUGCCGCCUACACACAGGAAGAUGGCAUCAACUUUAAAGAGGAGACAGACGCCGAUGGCACACGCCAUGGCAGCUACAGCUAUGUGGAUCCCUCCGGACAGCGUCGCACCAUCUCCUACACCGCGGGCAAGAAUGGCUUCCAAGCGUCUGGUGAUCAUUUGCCAGUGGCACCACCCGCACCACCACAGCCCGUGCCCACCGCCGGCUACCAGCCACAGUCACAGUACCAGCCGCAGCAGUACCAGGCCCCAGCACAACAGCCCUCUUUCCGCAGCAACGACUAUGAUGAUGGCUCCUAUGAUCCUCGCUACAAUGAUCCCUCUUUUGGCCAGCAGCAGCAGUCUUAUCAGCAGCCCGCGCCUCAGCCGCAGUACCGUCCCGCGCCGGCGCCAGUACAGCCCACUUACAAUCCGGCUCCACAGCCCGCCUACCAGCAGCCCGCCCCGCAGCCACAAUACCAUCAGCCACAGCAGCAGGCUGCCUACUAUCCGACGACCACGCCCAAUCCUCACCGCUUCUCACCGCCCGGCAAGCUGUCGCUGAACCGCACGCCCGACGGUUUCACCUACUCCUUCAACAAGGUCUAAGCGAUGGAGAGAGAACCACAUAGAUUGAGCUUGUUUCUAUUGUAAUGUUACGUAAUCUUUCAUUUAUUCUCACCCAACACGAAACACUCCUAUGUCUAUCUGUAACCCUCUCUUUCUCCAUGUCUCUCUCAAAUUCUGUUUCAUUCUACCGCUUUCUUUUCCCAACUCUCAACCACUUACUGCUGUUCCAGUUCUUACCUUCAUCAAAACUCUUUUGUGAUAUGUUUGAGAAUGAAAGUAAAAGUGCUGCAAAAAUUCUGCACUAUUUUAACCUAUAUAUAUAUACAUAUACAUAUAUAUAUAUCUAUAUAUGUCGUAUCUCCUAUCUACGAUCUUGUAUGUAGUGUGUCUAGCAGUUUUUUGUUUGUAAUUUAUAAAUACUCCUCAAUGCUGUUAAAUCCAAUUCUACUCUCCUAAUGUGAAGCGAAACCAAUAAAUUUGUAAGUGUGUUUGCGGUCGAUGAAGACGUUGAUCAAUUGAAUUUCAAAAAUCUUUUAAUGCUAGAUUGUAAUACCCAGCACGGGCCAUGGGACGUAUAAGCAAUAUAUGCAUAUUGUAUCAUAAACAACAUUUGUAUAGAGUUU